GCUUAAAGUCCAGCAGGUGCUUAUUCUUUACAGUAGAGGAGCAGACAACCAGGGUGGCAGAAGUUUAGUUGUAGACUCACCAUGAGGAUGAACGUCUACGUUUUUCUCAUGAUGAACUUGGCUGUUUCAUCAGCAGCCUCCAUUGGCCCAACUGAACCAGAUGUUGUGGACAUUGGUCAAGAGAAGAGCAUUAUAGAAGUAAACAUGGGUGCAGAUUUACAAGAUGACAUUAUUGAGCAUCCAAACACACAAAGGAGUACCAUUAUUGAUCCAACCAAACUGUGGACAUCACCGGUCCCAUAUGCCUUGGACAGAAACCUCGAGUUGAAUGCAAAAGGAGUCAUCUUGAAAGCAUUUGAACAGUUCAGGGUGAAGACAUGCAUUGACUUCAAACUGAGAGACUCUGAGGACUACUACAUCUCUGUCCAAAAGUUAAAUGGAUGUUUUUCAUAUAUCGGGAGAGUACAGACAAAUGGGCAGCAGCUCUCCAUUGGGAGAGGCUGUGAUACCAUUUCCAUCGUUGAACAUGAGUUUUUACAUGCGCUUGGCUUCUACCAUGAACAGUCCAGAUAUGACCGAGACGAUUAUGUCACAAUUGUAUUCAGCAACAUCUUGCAAGGCUAUGAGAACAAUUUCCAAAAGGCUAGCAGUGAAGAGUCCACCACCCACGGAGUCCCGUAUGACUACUGGUCUGUGAUGCACUACGGCAAAAAUGAUUUCACUAAUGGCAAUGGCUCUACAAUAAUCACCAAAGACCCCAAAUUCCAAGAUGUGAUUGGUCAGCGUAUGGAAAUGAGUAACAGUGAUGUCACGGAGCUGAACCUCCUCUACCAAUGUAACUCAAGUAUUGCCUUUAUGAUGUACUGUGGCUUUUCCAAUGGAGAUAUGUGCCAAAUGAGUCGCUGUUCACAAAGUGGCAAUGGCUGGCAAGCAGUAACGCGGACUCUCGGGGGUCCAAGCUCCGACCACACUGGCUUACCUAGUGGAAAAAAUCCUGUAGGUCAAGAAGGUGGGUACUUCAUGCAUGCUAGCACAGCAUCAGGACAAGUAGGGGAUUCAGUUCGGCUGGAGACCAACAUGAUGAGUCCUAAAAGAGGAUGCAAUGCCCAGUGCCUCCAGUUCUACUAUUACAACAGUGGGAAUGAGUCAGAUCAACUUAACAUUUGGAUCAGAGAGUUUCAGGAUGAACAGGACUCCACAGGAACCCUCCGCCUCGUGGGACACAUCACAGGUUCACCAACAUCUCACUGGAAGCUCCAACAUGUUUCUCUGAAUGCCACAAAGCGCUUCCAGGUAGUGUUUGAAGUUCGGAAAGGAUCAGGAAGAUCUAGCGGGGGCUUCUCAAUUGAUGACAUCAAUCUCUCUGAGACUGAGUGUCCACAUUUAGCAUUUCAAGUGGAUGACUUUGAGAAUCUUUUAAACACUAGUGCUAGUGGAACCACACUAUACAGCCCACGGCAGUACUCCAAAGAGGGAUAUGCUUAUCGGAUAGCUGUUAAACUCUACAAGACGUAUUUUGGGAUGUUUGUGCAACUACUGUCUGGUGACAAUGAUAACCAGCUGGAAUGGCCUUGUCUACGACAGCAAAUGAAUUUCCAAAUGUUGGAUCAGAACCCCAACAUCCAGCUGCAGAUGUCAAAUCCAAAAACUUUCACCACUAAUGAAAACCAAUUAGACUCCACAGGUAACUCUUAUUGGGGUAAUCCUCGUGAGAUUGGAAGUCCAGUAUUUGUGGAUGAGAACAAUAAUCAAGUCUAUGGUGGAGUAAUAUAUGGCUUUGGAUCAUUCAUGAAUCAGGAAAAAAUGCAAUACAGAAACUUCCUGAAGGGAGGGAGUGCCAUUUUCCUCUUUGACUUUCAAGAUCUCACUCCACUUGUGAAUGGAAGCGCUCUGGCAUGUCCUAAAACAACAGUGAACAUUUCACAACCUCCAAUGUCCAUGCAGGAUGCUGGCCCAUGCUCAUCAAGGAUUACUACCACCAUGCCACCUCCUACUACUACACAUGACAGGAUUACUACCACCAUGCCACCUCCUACAACUACAGAUGGCAGCAUUUUCGGCUUCUCCCCUGCAAUGGUGGCCUCUCCCGUCCUCAUCGUCCUGCUUGCCUUGGUGCUCUUGGUGCCUUGAUCUACCAUUUCGUAAACAGGAUGUGAAGUUUUUCCUGACUCCUUUUAUGCAUUUAUGGCUGUAUUUAACCUGAAUAUCAUUAAUAUAGAAGGCUAAAGUGGGAAAAGAAUUUUGAUCAUGAAUAUUUAGGUGUGAGAUAUUCAGAUGAAUAGUCGUAAGCAUGUAACACUUUAAGACAUAUAAUGUUUUGCAAUCGAUGGUGGGACCAUGUAUUUGUUAGAAAAGCAUCUUUUCAUUAUUUUAGACAAUUAAUUGCAAUUGUUUUUUAAAUCUUGGUAACUUUCUUCUUCUUUUGAUUAUUAUGGAUUUUGAUGUCCUUGCAUCCUUAAAUUGCAGGUAAAGCUCCUAAGUCUAAUUAUUGUGCAAUGUUUGGGUUUUUGUGUGUGUUUGUUUUCUUUUUUUUUUUUUUUGCACUGAUAUAUUUAACCAUGUGCUAGUAUGUUUUACUAUGAGUCUUGGUGCGUCAUUGCUCACAAAAGAGAAGAAAUAAAUGAAAAAAUUUAAGUAUAAAGCCAAAAUGUGUGGGGUCUGCUUAACAACCAGCUCUUUUAAAUUAAAGCAAUAUUUAAAAUGUAUUUCAUUUAGAGAUGUGUUUAAUUCAGCAUCCAACACACUGUCAACAUGUCAAUCAAAUGCAGAAAAAAAUCUUUAUAAAUUACAAAAUAGUUUUUUUUGUUGUUGUUUGUUUGUUUUGUUUUUUUGUUUCUUUUAUUUGGUUUUGUUUAUCUUUUGUUUGGUCUUUUAAUA